GAGAAUUGUUUGGGAGCUCAGUCAUCCAAAAGACGGCCUUUCAGUGCGAGAGCUUUUGGGGGGAGCCGAAGGGAAAAUGUCGGUGGCAUCGCAGUAAAUUACCCCCCUCCGCAAAAAAAAAAGAAAAGAAGGAAAAAGAGAAAGCGGCGAGGGGAAACGGAGAAGUGGGAGGAGGAGGGGGAGCCCGUCGCCGUUGGGACUACAACUCGCCACAGAGGAGACGGAGAGGCCGAGAGGAGAGCGGGCGGCGGCAGCGGACCAGGCGAGCCCUUUCUUCGGGGGCAGUGUAUGGAAGAUGUCUGGAAAGAGAGACUGGACUCCGUGGACGAAAAAGAGAAGGGCCCCAGUGUUGUGUGCUCUGGGUGCAGUGCUACUGUGCUGCCUGCAGAGCGGCGCCUCUGUCUCCGAUGAGGUCCCUGUGUUCACCGCGGAGCCCGUGUCCGUGGUGCAGAAGUUUGGAGGCAGCGUGACCCUCAGCUGCAGCGCCCGACCGGCCUCAGCCAACAUCAGCUGGCGCCUCAAUGGCCAGGAGCUGGUGGACGGGCACCUGGGCGUGUUGCUGGGCCCCACCGGCCUGUUCAUCCCCGCGCUCUCCAACGUGACGCUGGGCAGAUACCAGUGUGUGGCCAGCACCGGAGCCGGAGCCCUGGCGAGCGUGCCAGCCAACGUCACCGCUGCCAAGUUGCGUGACUUCGAGCCAGACGACCAGCAGGAGAUUGAGGUGGACGAGGGCAACACGGCGGUCAUUGAAUGUCACCUGCCCGAAAGCCAACCCAAGGCUCAGGUCCGCUACAGCGUCAAGCAGGAGUGGCUGGAGACGUCCAAAGGGAACUACCUCAUCAUGCCGUCAGGGAAUCUGCAGAUAGCCAAUGCCACGCAGGACGACGAGGGGCCUUAUAAGUGUGCUGCGUACAAUCCCGUCACCCAAGAAGUCAAAACCUCCAUCUCGGCCGACCGCCUGCGCAUACGACGCUCCACCUCAGAAGCGGCGCGCAUCAUUUAUCCGCCGGCAUCCCGCUCCAUCAUGGUGACCAAGGGCCAGCGGCUGGUGCUGGAGUGUGUGGCCAGCGGCAUCCCCACCCCGCAGGUCACGUGGGCAAAGGACGGGCAGGACCUGCGCUCCCACAACAACACGCGCUUCCUGCUCAGCAACCUGCUGAUCGACGCCGUGGUCGAGGGCGACUCGGGGACAUACAUUUGCCGGGCCGACAACGGCAUGGGCUCGGCCAACGCUGCAAUGGUGCUCUACGACGUGCAAGUGUUCGAGCCUCCUCAGGUGACUGUGGAGCUGCAGCAGGAGGAGGUCGUGUACGGAGAGACGGUCCGCUUCACCUGUCAGGCCCGCGGCAAGCCGGCUCCGUCGGUGAUGUGGCUCCACAACGCCACACCCCUUCCCCUGUCUCCUCGUCACCGCCUCACCAACAGGGGGCUGCGCGUCUCCAACGUGGGCCCCCAGGAUGACGGGCUGUACCAGUGCAUGGCUGAGAACGGUGUGGGCAGCUCGCAGGCCUCUGCUCGCCUCAUCACCGUAUCAUCCGGGAUUUCAGCCAGGGGGAAGUUGCCCUCGAUCUAUCGGCCGCUCAGCCCAGACAAGGUGCUGAGAGAGCAGCCACCAGUGAGGCCCGGCGCCACGGGAGCCAUGCUGCCUCUGGAUUGCUCCGAGCUGCCGGGACAGAUCCUUCCCGCCGACGCCCCCGUCAUCCUCAGCCAGCCGCGCACGGGCAAGGCCGACUACUACGAACUCACCUGGAGGCCGCGGCAUGAGCGAGGCGCCCCUGUUCUGGAGUACAUGGUCAAAUACAGAAAGUUUGGAGACCCUCUAGCAGAGUGGACCUCCAGCAGUAUCUCAGGCUCUCUUCAUAAGCUGACGCUGGCCAAGCUGCAGCCGGACAGCCUGUACGAGGUGGAGAUGACUGCCAAGAACUGUGCGGGCUUGGGACAGCCUGCUAUGAUGACCUUCAGGACCGGCAAAGGUCGGAAAGGUCUAGGCCAAAACGAUCCACCCAAAACUCCCGCGGUUCCUUCGCCGAGCCUCUCCCCUCCCGAGGCCCCCGACAAGCCCACGGUCUCCACGGCAACGGAGACGUCCGCCUACGUGACCUGGAUUCCUCGCGGUAACCGCGGCUUCCCCAUCCAGUCGUUUCGGGUGGAGUACAAGAAGGUGAAGAAGGCCGGGGAGGACUGGGUGACGGCGGUGGAGAACAUCCCUCCGUCGCGGCUCUCGGUGGAGAUCACGGGCCUGGAGAAAGGCACGUCGUACAAGUUCCGCGUUGUGGCAGUGAACGUGAUUGGUUCGAGUCCUCCCAGUGCUCCCUCAAAGGCGUACACUGUGGUGGGUGGGAGGCCCCACGAGCGCCCCGUUGAUGGACCCUACAUCACCUACAACGAAGCCAUCAACGAGACCACCGUCAUUCUCAAAUGGACGUACACCCCUGUGAACAACACACCCAUCUAUGGCUUCUACAUAUACUACCGGCCCACGGACAGUGACAAUGACAGCGACUAUAAGAAGGAAGUGGUGGAGGGAGACAGAUACUGGCACUCGAUCACGGACCUGCAGCCGGAGACCGCCUACGACAUCAAGAUGCAGAGCUUCAACGAGAAGGGCGAGAGCGAGUUCGGCAAUGUUGUGAUCCUCGAAACGAAGGCUCGUCCUAAUCACCAACGGCCCGAUCCGUCGCGGACCCCAGACUCCGGCUUGGAACUCCCCAGUGGACUGGUGCCUCGGCCGGGCGACCUCCCCUACCUCAUUGUCGGCAUUGUCCUGGGAUCCUUUGUCUUCAUCAUCGUCGCCUUCAUCCCCUUCUGCCUCUGGAGGGCUUGGGCCAAGCAGAAGCAAACGUCCGACUUGUGUUUCCCUGCCGUGGCCGCCCCCGUGUCUUCCUGCCAGUACACCAUGGUCCCCCUUCAGGGACUUUCCCUGGUUGGCCACUGCCCCCUGGAUGCCCGCAUGACUGCACCACAUGGCAUCUACCCUGCUAAUGGGGAAUACAAUCCGAAUGGCAAACCUCAUCACCCAACACGUGGUCUGCCAGGGCUGCAGCAGAGUGACGUGGAUUGUGAUAUGGAGUGCGACACUUUGUUGCCACAGAUGGUGUCAAACGGACAUCUGCCCGUCUACCGCUACUCCACCAGUGGUCCAGAUCACCACGAGGAGACUUGCUGUUUUCCCGAUGACUCCACUCUGCAUCUCCUCCAUUCGUCCCAUCAGCACCUCGGUUCACACGAGCCGGGAGGCGACGGGAGCUCCUGUGGUGGAGAUGAAGCGGACGGCAUCACUCAAAAGUCCGUGUCCUUCCCCCUUUUAUCUUUGGAGGACGAGGGGAUUUUCACAACGUCCUCAUCUGCGGCCACAACGCCGCAGUCGCAGGACACAGCGAUACAGGAAGUGAGCAUCCUCCUGAACGAGGCGAGCCCCAAGGACGAAGGGAGAGACGACGCGUCAGAUGCAUAAAAGACACUGUUGGAGCAAACAGAACAAAACAAAACAAGAGAAAAUAUUUAUUUUUGUAUUACAGAUAUUUAUAUAUUUAUGCCUUUGUACAUAGCUGUCUGAUUAUACUGUAUAUAAGGUUAUUUUCAUAUUGAAAAAAAGACUCUUUAUUCAUGCAACCCGCUCUCACUCUGCUGCGUGAUGCUGAACUCUGUCUGCAUCUCCUCAAGUCAUUCCUCGUAGACCUCCACCCUCAGUGUUUUGGACCGUAGCUACUUAGCUUUACGUACGACAGAGUCAAAGGGACCAGUGAAAUCAGUCCGAUGCCGUCAAUCGCGAGGUGCUUUCUUCGCCGUUGCUUCGUCACGAGAUACGCCCGUCAUUUUGUAUAGCAGUAACACAAAACCUAUUAAGCAUUGUUCAUCAUUAACAAACUAUAAAUGUGUGUAUGCAACAUAAAUCCUUCUGUUUCAGUAGUGUACAAGAGAUUAUAUAUAUAUAUAUAUAUUGUAUAGUUAUUUAUUUUUUUAUCUUGCGUUAUAAUUUUAAGUCACUGAAUGGGAGAGAUUCUGGAAAAAAAAUCUUUUGAACUCAGUCAUGGAUAAGCUGAACUUUACACUGCAUCCGCGUCCGUGUUUACUCGUUUGCUGGUGACCAGAUGACAGCCAGGUGAGGGCGCUGUGACAGGUGUGUCAGUAUUAUUAUUCCUCCCUCACAGGUCGGCGCAGCCAGUAUCAAGUAUUAGUCUUCUCCGUAGACGUCUGCAGUCAAAAUGAAGGAGAUCCCGAAUCUACACGUCCCUUUUCUAUGAUAUAGCCGUUUUAUGGUUGCACAUGCUGGAGCACUAUUGCAUGUAAAUAAAAGCUUAUUAUGAAUUCGGA